AAGAAAGAAAAUCAUGUCCAACUGGUUUCCUGUGAUCAGGACACAUCUGUCAGCAGGCUCCCCAUCUUGAUAUAACUUACAGAGACAAAACGUGAAGAGGAAUCUGGCUUGCAGGCUGUGUUUUUCAUGCCAACAACUGCCAACCUACAUUUACAUGACACGGAGGUUACAAUGAAUCCAUUCCUAGAAGGCAGCUCAUUUCAUGUGGAAGAUAUUUUACGUAAUUCUGACAUGUCUGCCUCUGCUAGCUUUGGCCAGAAAGGUGAUAAACCAUGCCUGGAAACACCAGAGGCAAACAAGCGGGAUAUGCCACUUGAGGACCAGUUUGCAGCUAUGGAGUCGAGCUUUGGUUCCUUUGGUUUAGAGCAUACUGUUGGUCAGGAAAACUUGUUGACAGCUGGAGAUAAAAGACUGGAUGACCUGAAUGUACAAGCCCAGCCAUCUGUACCUGAAACGAAUAUGACUUAUUCUACUGAAGAUCCUUUCAAACGACCUUUGGCUCCACCUUUGAAAAAGAAGGAAAAGGCAGUAACAGCAGCAUGCAAGAACAGGGAUGAAUGGAGAGAAGCACACCUGAGCUGUUCUGGAAUUCUUGGAAAAACAACAGACCAUGACUUGAAACAUCAGCUUCUGGAACUAGGAUUGAUAUUGGGGAAGAAAACUUCCAGACUGCAGAUUCAGCCAAGCUAAAUUGGCUGCUGAUGAAGAACAGUUUGAACAUGACAAUAAUUUAGCGAGGUAUUUCUGCUUUUAA